AUGAAAAGUGUGUUUAGAUUGAGAAAUUUGUUACUUUUAAGAAAGAAAAAUUUUCUUACAAGUGCCAGGAGAACUCUAUCUUCAUUAGUCAACAAAAGAGAAUCUUUACUACCGGAUGACAAGCUGACUUUACAGGAUUUUCUUGUAGUUGGAAAAAAUCUUCCGAAACCUAACGAAAUUCCUCAAGAAGAGCCGCUACCACCUUAUCUAAAAAAUAUUGAUGUCAGUGGUGAAAAUAGAAAGGUUUAUUUUGAUGUUUAUGGAUGUCAAAUGAACGUUAACGAUACUGAAAUUGUUUGGUCAAUUUUAAAAUCUCAAAAAUAUCAAAAAACCGAAAAUAUAGAUGAAGCUGACGUGAUUCUUCUAAUGACUUGUUCAAUUCGUGAAGGUGCUGAAAAUAAAAUAUGGAACCGUUUAGUUCAUCUCAAAGGAAUGAAGAAAAGACGAGGUAAGAAGUCAGAUCCACUUCAAAUUGGAAUUCUUGGAUGUAUGGCUGAAAGAUUGAAGACAAAAAUCAUUGAACAAGAGAAAGAUGUCGAUGUCGUUGCCGGUCCAGAUUCUUACAAGGAUCUUCCAAGAUUACUAGCAUUAGGAAAGAAUGGUGUCAGAAUCAAAGAAGUUACUUUACUUGGACAAAACGUUAAUAGUUUCAGAGAUCUUUCCAAAGAAAACCAAGAACCAGAAGCAACUCAGCUCGUUCCCGGUUUUAAAACAGUUUAUAAAACAAAAGUGGGUGGAUUGAGAUUCGCUGAGCUUCUUGAAAGAAUCGCAAAUGUGUCACCAGAACUUCGAAUUCGUUUCACUUCGCCUCAUCCAAAAGACUUUCCAAGUGCAGUUCUUGAAGUGAUCGCGAAAUAUCCAAAUAUAUGCAAGUCACUUCAUAUUCCUGCACAAUCAGGCAACUCAUCAGUUCUUGAGAGAAUGCGACGAGGCUACACAAGAGAAGCUUAUCUUGAACUUAUUUCACGUGUUAGAAAAGUUCUUCCAAAUGUUUCCAUUUCAAGUGAUUUCAUUUGCGGUUUCUGUGGUGAGACUGAAGAGGAGUUCAAUGACACUCUGACGUUGAUCGAUGAAGUCAAGUACAACGUUGCUUAUUUAUUUCCUUACAGCAUGCGAGAGAAAACCACAGCGUUCCGAAAGUUCCAAGACGACGUUCCUCACGAUGUGAAGAUUGAUCGACUCAAUCGAAUGAUUGAAAUGUAUCGUCGCAAUUCUCAACUUCUUAAUCAACAAUUAAUUGGAACAACGCAACUAAUUCUCAUCGAAAAUCAAAGCAAACGUUCAAAAGAUGAAAUUUAUGGUCGAUGUGAUGGAAACAUUAAAGUUAUCAUACCAAAGUCGAAUGAAAUCAAUGUCGGUGAUUAUGUCGCUGUUGAAAUUGUUGAUGCAAAUUCACAAGGCAUGAAAGGAAAAAUGUUAGGAAAAACUUUAUUAAAAGAAUUUUAUUUGAAUUAGAAAUUAUUUUAGAAAAUUUAGAAAUAAAUUUCACUUUUGAAACACGAA